GGUGGGGGGAGGAGGAUGGCGUCACGCUAUAAAAGGCACUGCGCCGUAUAGUCGAGCUGGAAGUUGUUUUUCAAUCGUUCGGGAAGAAUCUGGCUGCUGGCGCGCACACCCCCGGCAACGCAAACCCUCUUCCACUCUCAUCCCGAAUACCCCACCCAUUCUUGUGAGCUGGUCUGGACCUGAAAGCCGCACGAUGUUUCAGUGUAAGAGGCUGAAGGCCUGGGGCGGCCUGUGCCCCGCGCUGCGGUUACUGCGGUGAAGCGAUCCAAACACUUGCUUGUGUGUUACCCCCGGAGUGGCUAGUGGUCAAACCGCUCUGAUGGCUUCGAAUGAACAUAACGUUCCUGCUAUCGAGCAUCCUUCGAGCUUACUGGGAAAGCUGACCCUACCCAUUGGGAUACACCGUAGGGCAUUCAGUUAUGAUGACGCCUUGGAAGAUUUAUCGCCAAUGACACCCCCUCCUCCUGAUAUGGGAAGCAAUAUAUUGUGGAAACAGCCUGUAAUUCCAGAACGGAAAUAUCAGCAAUUAUCUAUGGUGGAAGAUGGAGAAAAUAUUUCAUCUUCAAUUGUGGCGCCAAUAGCUGAAAGCGAGAGCAAAGUCAAUGUGGUGAAAGCCAAGGCAACUUCUGUCAUCAUGAACUCACUUAUGACAAAGCAGACACAGGAGAGCAUACAGCGAUUUGAGAAGCAGGCUGGCCUAACAGAUGCAGGGUACCAACCACACAAGGGCCUUGUUGCAGAGGAGGCCAGCUAUCACCGUGUUGGGGAAGCCUUACAGAAAUUCAAAAUACAGAGUAUGGAUUCAAAAAAAGAAGACAAGCAGAUAUCCACAUCAGCUCAAUCAACACCCAGUGGGACUCCACAGGCCUCACCAAUGCCAAAUCGCAGAUAUUUGUUUGGCCAGGGAGCAACUUCUGAUUUGAGCAGUAAAAGUCUAGAUGGAGACUUUUCUACACUUGCCAGUGACUCCACUGCAGCUGAAAAAUGGAGACCUUUCAUGCUUACACAGAAUUUCAAAGCAACUGAACCAGGUGCCUUUGCUAUUCAAAAUUACAAAGGUUUACAAAAGCCUUCCCCUAUGGACAUCAUGCGUACUCAGGGCACUGCUGCUCAGAUAGCAGAAGAUCAUGCAAAUUUGAAACCACCUAACAUGGAGCUAUCGGUGCUAGAAGGACAAAAAAAGCAGCCUCUGCGUACCUGUGUUGUAAAGCCUAGAGAUCUAAAUAUCUUUGCUCCUACAGGCUUUUAGUGUAUUAUACCAUGUUUUAGAUUGUGUUGGCUGAGUGCAUCUGUUUGAGAAAACCUUUUUGACUUCCUCCUUACCCAUAAGAUCUUUAUUUGCUAUUGUCUAGCUACCCUUAUUCUUUUAAAGACUUUAUUUUUAAAAUGAGGGACAAAAUUAGCAGAGAAGGAAGAGCAGUUUGAAUUCUGUUGUAGAAUCAGAGCCUGUUUGGAAUACUUAAAAUUCAAUGCUCAUUUGCACCAAAAAGCUUGAAUUGCAGCAUUUCUGUUGUCUUUACCAUGUUCACUGCUCCACAGCCAAAAAAGAACACUUGCAGCCAAGUUGGAAAAUGAGAGCCUUGGUGUUGAUAUGAUAUGUGCUGAGGUUUCUGGUUAUAGUCCACACUGACUAGCAAGCUUGGUUUCAUGUAGCCUUGUUGUAAAAUGUAACUAACGAGGUGUUAGGAAAUGCAUUUCGGUUCCUGUGAGGUCAGGAGAAAAACUGUUGAGAUAGCACACAAUACUAAUGAGCCACCUGUACACCUCUGUUUAUGGAAUUGUAUGAUAGUUAAAUAAACUCUUGCACCUAA